GUGUUUUACUUGACCUGUGUGAGGGGACAAUUCAUGAAGAUGUGGAUUUCAUAGCUUAAAUUUUCCAACUGUUCCAACCAUUUUGUACCUUUUUCUUUAAUGCUGUAAUUGCAAUUAACAAGCUUUAUCAUCUGGGCUAUUAUCUUUAUUUAUAUUAUUUAUUAAUAACUUUCUGUUGCUCUGUAUAUAGUGUAUAUAUUGUAUAUGUUAUAUUUUGUACAUACCUAUUGCUUUAGAAAAAAAAAUCUGCUGCUGUCCACUUUGCUGCUGUAACGCGUGGGACGAAUAAAGUAUUCUUAUAUUAUCUAUAUUUCUUACUCUCACUAUUGUUGAUACUGGGGACUUUGCAAUUGAUUUAUUUUUUUACAAAAUAAACUAAAUAUGUUUUGGGAAAUUAAAUUAAAUGUGCUGUCAACACCACCAGCAGCUAUAUACAUAUAUCUCACUCUCUCUCUAUAUAUAUAUAUAUGUAUAUAUAAUCAACAGAACCUGAAGUCUAAUCAAAAUUAAUUUCAUUUUUUUUGUUGAAUCUACUUCCGAUUAUCAUUUCUUUGAUUUACUUAAAUAGGUGACGUACGGCGCAUGCGCUGUGGGCGAUAGACGCGAGGUGGGAAAAUUCAUGUUUCCUCUGAGUGUGUGUGAGAAGCUGAAUCCAUAAACAUGAUUUUCAGAAUCAGUGUGUAGACGUUUAUGGCGCGUUAAACCGGAAACACGCGUUCGUCUGUUCUCUUCACUCAUCAUCACCCUCAACAGUUCGUGCAAACAUGAAGAUCGCAGUGGAAGGCUGUUGCCACGGGGAGUUGGACAAGAUCUACGAGACCAUCGCCUACCUGGAGAAGAAGGAAGGGGUGAAGGUGGACCUGCUGCUCUGCUGCGGAGACUUCCAGGCGGUGCGGAACGAGGGCGACAUGAAGUGCAUGGCGGUGCCGGCCAAGUACAGAACGAUGCAGACCUUCUACAAAUACUAUUCUGGAGAGAGGAAGGCUCCGGUUCUGACCAUCUUCAUCGGAGGGAACCACGAGGCCUCCAACCACAUGCAGGAGCUUCCGUAUGGAGGAUGGGUGGCCCCCAACAUCUAUUAUCUGGGUUAUGCUGGUGUCAUUCGCUACAAAGGGAUUAGAAUUGGUGGCUUGUCUGGAAUCUUCAAGUCUCGUGACUACAGAAAGGGUCACCAUGAAUUCCCUCCGUACAACCCUGACACUCUCCGAAGUGUCUAUCACAUCCGAAACAUCGAGGUGUUCAAAUUGAAACAGAUCCAGAUGCCCAUGGACAUUUUCAUGAGCCACGACUGGCCUCGUGGAAUCUACUACUACGGGAGUACAGGCGAACUGCUGCGGAAGAAGAAGUUCCUGCGUCAGGAGGUGGAGUCCAACACUCUGGGAAGUCCCGCCGCCGAGGAGCUGCUGGCUCACCUGCAGCCCAGCUACUGGUUCUCUGCACAUCUUCAUGUGAAAUUUGCCGCCGUCAUGCAGCAUCAGCCGAAGGGUAACGCUGCUCCACGUGUGACCAAAUUCCUGUCGCUGGAUAAAUGUUUGCCCUACAGGGAAUUUUUACAGAUAGUGGAUGUUCCAGAGAGGCCUGGUUCCUCCGAGGGUCUCGAGUAUGAUCCAGAGUGGCUCGCUAUUCUCAAGGCCACAAACGGUCUACAGAGGACCAGCCCUCACCCCUGGAACCCCCCAGAGAACAAUGGCCUGCACGAACGGUGGGACUUCACAGCGUCGGAAGCAGCCAUGAUGAAGGCAGUGGAGGAUCUCAGCGGUGAUCUGUCCAUUCCCGACAACUUCAGCCGGACCGUUCCGCCCUACGACCCCAACCGGCCGCAGCACCACGCCGCCCCGAGCUGCAGCACCAACCCUCAGACCACCGAGCUCUGCGCCACGCUGGGUCUCACCGACCUCUACGCCCAGGUCGUGCACGGCGGCGGCGACGAGAAGGGCAGAGUUCAGGGGAGCACCGGAGGGGAGGAGGACGACGAUGAAGACGGCAACAGUGUGGGGAGCGUGGACGAGCCCAGCCAGUAUCCCACCGACACCUCGGGACUGUCGAGUUCCAUUAAUCCUGAUGAGAUCACGAUAGAGGACGAGUGGGAGGAAGAGGAAGAGGAAGGGAAAGAGGAGGCAAAAGGAGACGAGCUCUCUGACGUCCACACCCCGAGUCGUCUGGUCCUGCCAGAGCCCAAAUCAGAUUUUUCUCCCCCUCCCUCCCACUCCACCCCGGCGGCAGCUCGCUCGCUCUCUGGAGCAGGGAGCGAAGAAGGACAAUGCGAGGGCGGAGACGAGGACGAGGACGCCUUGGCGGCUGCACGCAUCUUAAAACGCACCAGCGACGAGGCCGGGGCCCCCGGCAGCCGGGGCACGACCCCCAGGAUCAAACGCAGGAACCAGGUCAUCUACGCAGCGGUGGAGGACGAGGAGUGUGAGGAGGACUAGGGCUCAGGGUGAGGACUCGAUUCUCCAGGAGUUUAUAUUGAUUUGUGUAUUUACUACCUGCUUUUUAUACAGCGUCCAACAGGAGUUAUUGAAGGAUAACUUGAGUUUUCAACCUCAUUUUCUCAUGUUUUUGAGUGUGAAUGAUCAAUUAGGACCAAAGUCUUUGCAGUCUGAGCAAAAACACGAACCCAGGCAACCACUUAUGUAAGUGUAAUAAGUGUUUUGUGGAUAGAAUUCCUUUUGUUUAAGCAGAAACAGUUGUUUCCCUCUGUACCAGACUCCAUCAACAAAAACAGUCACAGAACUCCGGAGCUGCUGCUCCACCGUCGCCCCAAAACAGUUCGUUAGUUAGUUUGUGUUAUUGUGUGUUUUUAUUUUAGUACAAGUACGACACAAGAACACAGACAAACUGAUGGAGGUAGCAGUUCACUAUGAACUCCACUGUUUUGCUUGGUAGAAUUUGUGUUUUUGUCAAUGGAGUUUGGUGUCUUUGAUUUCUAGAUUCUUUCUACAUAAAGAUUUUUGUCCUCAUCAAUCAUUUACAGCAUAAAAACACGAGGCCCAGAUUUAUCCUUUUAAAAUGCACUUAUAGUGUAAAUACAGCCAUGGAAAGUUUUUUUUGGAUCAAAUGUGAUCAACUUUUUAAAAAUAUGUUUUAAUCAAAAACCAAGACGAUUUUUAGAGAACAGAUGUUUGAGUUCUGUAUUUAAUUUUUGGGGCUGGGAAAUGAAAUGAAAAUCUUUUUUAAGUGUAUUGAUGUCACAUGGUGACGAAUAAAGACUCGGCUGUUUUUA